CCCUCCCCCGCCCCCGGCCUGUUGUAGAUCAUGCCGCCAGUGGCGGCCCUUACGGCCGAGGAAACGGUAGCCUAGGGCAGUUCGCCGUUAAGUGACACUGAUUCUCCCCUAUCCAUCUGACCCCUGAGAAAGAGACACGUACCCCGCAGGGUGAAGGGUUGGGAAAGGGGCUAGUGAACUCGGAUCCACCCCGGGAGGGGGGGGAGUGGAAGUUCCCGCCCCGGACAGCGGCGAGGCGACAGCCACAGUUGAUUAUGGAAGCUUCGCACAAGAGUAACUCUCCAGAGACAGCACCUCAACCAAGUUCAGCAGUUCAGGGAGCUCAUAUCUCUCAUAUUGCUCAACAGAUGUCACUAAGAGGAUCUGCGCCAGUGACAAUUGUACCUCUUCCUGGAGAGCAAAUACAGGUUCAGGGGGUCAUCCAGACAGCUCAGUCUUCUGUAAUUCACCCACCACACGUGCAAACGGCAUCAUCCUUAUCAGAAAGUGAGGAGUCUCAAGACUCAUCUGAUAGCAUAGGCUCCUCACAGAAAACCCAUGGGAUUCUAGCACGGCGCCCAUCUUACAGAAAAAUUUUGAAAGACCUAUCUUCUGAAGAUAUACGGGGCAGAAAAGGAGACGGAGAAAACCCUGGAGUCUCUACUGUCACUUCUAUGUCUGUUCCAACUCCCAUCUAUCAGACUAGCACCGGCCAGUACAUUGCCAUUGCCCCAAAUGGAGCCUUACAGCUGGCCAGUCCAGGCACAGAUGGAGUACAGGGACUUCAGACAUUAACCAUGACAAAUUCAGGCAGUUCUCAGCAAGGUACAACAACAAUUCUCCAGUAUGCACAGACCUCUGAUGGACAGCAAAUACUUGUGCCCAGCAAUCAGGUGGUGGUACAGACUGCAUCAGGAGAUAUGCAGACAUAUCAGAUCCGUACCACACCGACUGCUUCUUCGUUGCCACAAACUGUGGUAAUGACAUCGCCUGUGAAUCUUACAUCUCAGACAACUAAGACAGAUGACCCCCAACUGAAAAGAGAAAUAAGGUUAAUGAAAAACAGAGAGGCUGCUCGAGAAUGUCGGAGAAAGAAGAAAGAAUAUGUGAAAUGCCUGGAAAAUCGAGUUGCAGUCCUGGAAAAUCAAAAUAAAACUUUAAUAGAAGAGUUAAAAACUUUGAAGGAUCUUUAUUCCCAUAAAAGUGUUUGAUUCUUAGGAAAGAAAUAUUUUUUUGGACUUGCCUAAAAGUUAGAUGGAUUUCUUUUCUUUUUAAUGGAGUUUUAUAAAUUAAAAGGUAAAUGAAGCUUUUUAUUUAGGUUUUUGCAACUCAAAGUUGAAUAUCUCAUGCAAGAGAUCUGGUGACAGAGGACAAAGUGGGAAAUGACCUCGAGGAAGCUACUGGCACAACUGGAAGCUUUAAAACUUAUAUCGAGAGACAGGAAGUGAACUUUUAACAAUUUGAAUUUUCUAAAUAACAGUAGUUGUCAGUAACCCAAAAAUGGCAAAUAAAAUGAAAAUUUGGUAAAAUGAAUUUUUUAAUAUAUCAAUUUAGGUUUGUAUUUCUUACUGUUUCCUGAAAUUUAUCUUUUUCAAUUAUGUGUGUAUGCGUGUGCGUGUAUUCUUAUUUCUGCCAAUAGAUUCUAAAUUACAAGUGUAAAGGAAAAACUAAUACAUAACUAAAUAUAUAAAUUAUGUAUCCUGAUUAUAUACACUUGUUCUAUUGACAUGUCUUUUAAGUGGGAUUUUAAAAGUUUGUUUAUUGGAUUUUAAAGGGGUUUUGAGAAUGAAUUAAUUAUUUUUGAAGCCUUGUCCUAAAAGGCAUCUAAGGUACAUGAAUGGAGUUGUGGUGACUUUCUAACAUUUUAUUAGAAUGGAAGAGAACUAUUUAAAAGUUUGACACUUUUAACUACUUAAAAGUUUGACACUUUUAAAUCGUUUGUUUUUGGUUACUCUGGGAAUGGUGAUUUUCUACAAAUAUAUAAUAAAUUGUGUUUUGAUCAUAUGUUCUAUAAGCAGUUGAAUGUACAUUACUUACUCUGUUUUGCUUCAAUAGAAUGGAGUGUUUACAGGCCCUUAAAAUGAUAUUAGAGGGUUUUUUAAACCCUCGACAGAUGCUUACCAAAGUUUUUCCAAGAGGAUUUUAUAAUCAAUUUAAUGUAGGGUUUAUCAAAUUCUAAAAUAGUAUAGUUAUUAAGGCAAUUUUAUGUUAGAGACUAUUUUGUAAUGUAGUGAAUGGUACCUUUAUAAGAAAAGUGACUGCCAAUAUAUUUUUAUAGCUAAUCUUUAUAAAUUCUAAUGUUGGAUUUUUAAUGAUUAUUUAAAAUGUUUAUAUAGUUUGUUUAGUAAAAAAAUAUUUUACAUCUCAAAGUAUCAUUUUUAUAUUAUGGGAAGUAAAGUUUUCAGAUUGGCUAAUAUUUGAAUUGUGGAUUUUAUAUUCAGUUUAAAGUUCAACACCAGUAUUUAACUUCUGUAUUCCAAUUUGUAUACAUUUUGAAACUGUACUGCAAAACAGUUGUGCACUUCUUAUGCAAUAUGUAUUAUAUUGUCUUCUAUAAAUUAAAGGACGUUUGAUACAAUUAAGUUUGCUGAAUGUAAAAUACAAUGAUUGAUAAAUGAAUGCUGAUAGCCAUUCUGUUGAUUAUACUAACUGU